AUGGCGCGAGUUAUUUGCGACCAUAUUUGCGACGAAAUUGCGACAACUGUUUGGGCGGGGAUAUUUUCACUGAGCUCCACCACUUCCAGCGGGUCCACUGUCCAUUGUCCACCGUCCAACCAACCUCCACUCUCCUCCCGACAUCGACCGAUUAACCAUCGCGGCCUCCACACAAUCGUCGGCGUCGGUCGUCGCUCUCCACGCAAUCGUCCCUAUAGCUUACAGUCCCUUUUGACAAAGCUUCCUGGGAAGCAGAAAAUAUCAGAGAAAGAGAUGAAUCGUCACAGGGACAUGGUUGCAAAUUUGAGAACAAAAGUAAACCAAAUGGCUUCCACAUUGAAUAUGUCAAACUUUGCCAACAGGGAUAGCUUGUUGGGUCCAGAAAUAAAGCCAGCUGAUGCCAUGCGUAGAACUGAAGGUCUGGACAACCACGGCAUUGUCGGUCUUCAGUGGCAAAUUAUGAAAGAGCAAGAUGAGGGCCUUGAAAAGUUGGAGGAGACAGUAACAAGUACAAAACAUAUUGCACUGGCAGUCAAUGAAGAACUUGAUCUUCACAUUAGACUUAUUGAUGACUUGGAUCAACAUGUGGAUGUUAUUGAUUCCCGCUUACGGGCCAAUUCACAUUACUUUGCCAUAAUUGAACAGAUUGCAGAGGGGAAUAUGUGGUUGAACGACAACAUUGGUGUUGUUCCUAAAAAUUCUUGGGCAAUAGAUCCAUUUGGCUACUCAGCUACCAUGGCAUAUCUCUCCGCCGUAUGGGUUUCGAGAACAUGCUUAUUCAGAGGACUCAUUAUGAGGUUCGGACCCGAGGAACCGAGAACCUCAGCAGUGAGUUCAGCUGCUUCUGAG